GUUGCAGAUGUUCAGUUUGCAGUCAUUGUAUGAGAGUGGUUUAAAGGAGGAUGUGUUUGGUGUGGUGUUGCAAGCGAGGAAGCGAGAUGCGAGUAGGAAUAUGGCGGUGUGUGGCAGGGUGUACUGGCAGCUGCGGCGGGGGCAGGUGGUGUGUGUGUGGGAACGCGUACAACUACACCGUUCUCACGCUCGCUGGCUCCUCCCCUUCCUCGUCCUAGUGCAUAUAAGCCGCCAGCACCCGCGGCAACUCCAUACUCAUUCCUAUACUCGCUGAGAGCGCACCUAGCUCCACCAGCCCAGCAUACUGCUGAAUCUGCUACACUUGUGAACUUUUGGUUGUUUGACCAGUCUUGUGAAUUCAAGAUGGCUUGUGAAUUGGAGCCGCUGUCCCGCACCUACCAGUACCGCAAGGUGAUGAAGCCCAUGCUGGAGCGCAAGCGCAGGGCUCGCAUCAACAAGUGCCUGGACGAACUCAAGGACCUGAUGGUGUCAGCGCUGCAGGCAGAGGGGGAAUCUAUUGCUAAGUUGGAGAAGGCCGAUGUGUUGGAACUCACCGUCACCCACCUCAAGAAACUGCAGCGUCGCAACCAGCUUGCCGUGCGUCCCAUCCCUACAGACCAAGAUAAGUUCCGUGAAGGAUACAGCCACUGUGCUUCCGAGGUGUCCCGCUGCCUGGCCUCCGUUCAAGGAGUAGAUGUUACCCUGGGCACCAAACUUAUGACUCACCUGGGUAUAUCCCUCACUAACUACGAGAAGCGUGCGCCCCUUACCAUCUUGGUGCCCCAGGCAGAACCCUCGCCUGCUCUCUCAUCAGCGUCUAGUGGUUACUCCUCGGCCUCAGAGCUCUCUCCAACACCUUCCACCUCCAGCAGAAACAGCAGUUCACCUGCCUGCAGCAGCACCAGCAGCAGUCCAUCACCGCGCCCCCAGGGACUCCUCACCAUCGCCGCGCCUUCCGGUCCCAUGUGGCGCCCUUGGUAACCAAAUCAACCCUCUCUACAGCCCCUGAAGCAGCUUCCUCAGUCAAUGCCUUGUCACCACCCUGUUUAAUGUUAUCUGAUCAUACCAACGAUGUUGUCAUGGGGAGAGGACCAAUGAGGAGCGCCCCUUGCAUUCUGUGAUAUCCCCCUACCAUGGGGGUCAGCUGUGAUAGGCCGCUACGCCGAGUGAUACCUUCUGUGAUACGCACCACACAUCUCAUCAUACCUCAUCACCCAUCAUAUUACAAAAUCAUCAUAUAUUUAAUAAAUAAAAUAAUAUUUAAAUUUAUAAA